AUGGCUGACUUUGAAUUACCGUAUCUUGGAGAAGGGCUGGACAGAAAUGAGCCUAUUAUGGUUGGCUCGAGUGAUGAUGAGGAAGAUAAUAUCCAGCAUAGGCGAACGAGGAGACUGGGUGGUCCUCAUGGCACACCCAUACCUCAUCGUCGUCCCGAUGGGGGACUACGAAUAUUCUCCCCCGCGCCUGUUCUCCCGCCUAUUCCGUCCUACGGGGGACUACCCUUGUUCGCCCAUCUCCCGCCCUUUGCGCGCACGAGAGCACCCGAACCGGACCCCGAGCCGUACGAUGUCCGGAUGACCCAUGCGAGCGUCCGACCUCGACUGGGAUUCACAUUUGAUUUCGAGCAGCCUGAAGAAGAAGAACAAGAAGAGGUGGGGAAGCCGUUUGUGCCUCUCAAGCCUCGAGCGAGGACGCCGGUCAAGUUUAAGCAGACGAUCGAGAUUCCGGAUUCUCCGCCUUUACGAGCGACAGCCGACCUCGAGGUGAAGGGAAAGGGGAAAGAGGUCGAAACUGAGGAGUUUUCUGCUGCUACUGCUGCUGCUGGAGAUGUGCGACACAAGGAGAUUAUUGAGAUUUAUUCCGAUGACGAGGACGAGGACAAGGAUGGCGGCGAGAUGGUGUCUGUUCCGUCGAGUUCCCAGCAUCCUCCCGGCCCAACGACCAAGAUCACGUCGCUCUUGAUUUGCGCUGGGUGUAGGCGACCGUUGCGGACGGGCGGAGACAGGUUAUGGGCCCUUCGAUGCGGGCAUAUGAUUGAUUCGAGAUGUUAUUCUGCCUUUUCCCGACCCCUGUCUGCACGUCUCGAUCCUCCUGUCGGUGCUCCCCUCCUCGACGGUGGUUAUCCCCAUAAACGACGAAAGACGGGCAAGGGAAAGGGAAAACCUGCGGUUGAAGUGCACGAGUGGAAGUGUCCCGUCAAGGACUGUGCUAAAGUACACAAGAGCGAACGGACCGAGGAUGGAGAGUGGGUUCCCACCAAGGACCAUGGAGCCAUCAAGGUGUUUAUAUGA